AUGCGUCUCUUCAGCAUGCUCUUCCCACUAGUCGUCCUCGUUCUCUCUGUCAUUGCGCAAGAGACGAGCAACAGCACCGACGCCCCCAUUACUCAGAACAACCCCCUCCGUGCCACUUUCCAGGCAGUUCUGCAAGCUGAUAAACCUGUUCAAGGCCAGAUCACUGGGGUCUCCAACGACAAUGGCACUGGUGUGAAUUUCAACGUCAACUUCUUCAAUUUCCCGGAUAUCACACAGGGUCCUUUCAAUUACCACAUCCACCAAUACCCUGUUCCUGCGUCAGGAAACUGCACUGCCACAGGCGGUCACCUCUCGCCCUUCGGCCGACAGGAAACCCCGCCUUGUGAUAGCACCGCUCCAUGGACCUGCCAGCCAGGCGACCUGUCUGGCAAGCAUGGCAACAUCUCCCAGCUCACCUCUUCCACCUCCGGGGACUCACAAGCCGUCGGCACCUUCCAGGCCAUGUACCUCGAUCUGUAUGUGAGCACCGACCCGAGCAAUGCAGCCUUCUUCGGAAAUCGCAGUGUGGUGGUGCACAGCGCGAAUGGAACUAGGUUGAACUGCGGCAAUUUCACACAGAUGAGCACUAGCUCCAGCGGAGGCAACGGGAAUGGGACCAACACCACUGCGCCCACAACUUCGCCUACACACAACGUUGCAGCUGCCGUGGCUGGGAUGAAAUGGGAGUUCAUGACGGUGUUUGGGGCUGUCCUGUGUCUUCUCUCUUGGGCGAGCGAUUUGAUUUAA